UUCCUUUGAUCAAAGGUUCUGGUAAUUCAAUAAAUGAACUCUGGUGCAAGGGCAUCGGGAGCAACCCUUGUUGUGCCAUUAAAAAUAUCCCAUUUUUCGGCUUGGGUUUCCUCAGGAACCAGAAACCAGGCUCAUGGGUUUCUCCAUGUUGGGGAAACCAUGUCCAUUGAUGGUGUUUUCAUGUCUUUUGCAACUGUUGAGUCCCUGUUUUGCACAACACACCAUCUCACCAGGCCAAUCUCUGACUGGAAAUCAGAAUUUAACCUCCAUUGGAGACAACUUUGUGCUGGGCUUCUUCACUCCAGGUAACUCUCAUAACUGGUACAUAGGCAUCUGGUACAGUAAAGUCUCUGUUCAAACUGUAGUAUGGGUAGCCAAUAGGGACAAACCCUUGGCAGACAACAAAUCAGAGCUGAAAAUCUCAGAGGAUGGAAACUUGGUCCUUUUGAACAAAACCCAGCACCUAAUUUGGUCCACCAAUUUAAGCUUGAGCUCCACUUCUGCAAAUGCAACUGUUGCAGAAAUAUUAGACACAGGAAAUCUGGUUCUGAGGGCUGUUAAUUCCUCUGAGUUUCUUUGGCAGAGCCUGGAUAACCCCACUGAUACAUGGUUAACAGGAGGAAAACUUGGGUUAAAUAAGAAGACAAACAAGACCCAGUUGCUCACAGCUUGGAGGAAUUCAGAGGACCCAUCACCAGGCCCCUUCUCCCUUGAACUGGAUCCCAAUGGAACCAGGCAGUAUUUUUUAAUUGGGAAUGGAACGAAUCAGUACUGGACCAGUGGAGUUUGGAAUAAUCAUAUCUUUAGUAGAGUCCCUGAGAUGAGAUCGAAUUACAUCUACGACUUCAGUUUCAUAGACAAUGAGAAUGAGAGUUACUUCAAUUACACAGUCAAAGAUAAUAGCACAAUCUCAAGGUUCGUGAUGCACGUAGCAGGGCUGGUCAGGCAGUAUACAUGGAUUGAAAGUACCAAAACGUGGAACCUCUUCUGGUCGCAGCCCCGAGAUCCGUGUGAAGUCCACGCUCUGUGCGGGGCCUAUGGGACUUGCAAACAAAACUUACCUUUUUGCACCUGCUUACAAGGGUUCAAUCGUUUGUCCCAAAAGGAUUGGGACUUGGAUUCCGCAGUCAGUGGGUGUGUUAGGAAAACUCAAUUGCAGUGCCAGAAUAACAGCUUGACAAAUGGGCAACAAGAUGGGUUUUUGGAGUUAACAGGAAUAUCAUUGGCUGAUAAAGAUUCUCACCCUGUCAGUGUUGGGAGUGCGGAAGAGUGCAGAUCAGCUUGCUUGAGGAACUGCUCUUGUACAGCAUAUAAGUAUGGGAGUAGCUGCUCCAUAUGGUUUAAUGAUCUAUUUAAUGCAAAGCAAGAUUCUAGUGAUAAUUUGCCAGUGGUUUGCCUCAAGCUUGCUGCUGCUGAACUUGCCAACAUUAACAAGCCUGGUAAGAAAAAUAGGGUUACUGGAGUCGUGGCUGGAUCAGUAGCAGCAUUUGUGGUGGUUUCUGUUGUUGUGUUGGGGUUGAUUUGUAGAUGUCAUAUGCACGAAUCUCGAAGGAAAUUAAAGGUGCAACAGGGCUCCCUUAUUCCAUUUAGCUACAGAGAUUUACAGAAUGCAACAAAGAAUUUCUCCGAGAAAUUAGGGGGAGGGGGCUUUGGCUCUGUCUUUAAGGGAACAUUACCUGAUAAAACAGUUGUUGCCGUGAAGAAACUCGAAGGCCUGAGGCAAGGGGAGAAGCAAUUUCGAAUGGAAGUGAGCACCAUUGGGACCAUACAGCAUGUUAACCUGGUCAGGCUUCGUGGUUUUUGCUCUGAGGGAACCAAGCGCCUGCUGGUGUAUGAUUACAUGCCAAAUGGAUCCCUUGAUAAACUGCUCUUUCAAGAGGGCUCUACCAUAAUAAACUGGAAAGCUAGAUAUGAGAUUGCCCUUGGAACAGCCAGAGGGAUUGCUUACCUCCACGAAAAAUGCAGAGACUGCAUUAUACAUUGCGAUAUUAAGCCUGAAAACAUACUUCUGGAUGGUGGGUUUUGCCCAAAGGUUGCAGAUUUUGGCCUUGCAAAGCUUCUCGGCAGGGAGUUUAGCCGGGUUUUGACGACGAUGAGAGGAACCAGGGGCUACCUUGCACCAGAGUGGAUUUCAGGCUUGGCUAUCACUCCCAAAGCUGAUGUUUACAGUUAUGGAAUGACGCUUUUGGAGUUGAUAUCAGGUAGGAGAAAUUCUGAUCAUUCAGAGAACGCAAAGUUUGGAUUUUUCCCUACCUGGGCUGCAAAGAUGAUAGUGGAAGACAAGGUUCUCUCUCUUCUUGAUUCAAAGUUGGAGGGUAAUGCAGACGUAGGUGAGCUCAAUCGAGCUUGCAGGGUGGCAUGUUGGUGUAUUCAGGAUGAUGAGAAUGCUAGGCCUUCAAUGGGCCAGGUAGUUCAAAUUCUUGAAGGAGUUGCAGAGGUGACCACACCUCCUAUUCCAAGGUCUCUUGAGCUUCUAGCUUAUAACCCAGAGAACAUAGUUUUCUUCUUGGAGUCAUCUGGGAGUACUCAGCCUAGAAGUAAAGCUCUGAGCAGCACAUCUUCUGCCAAUUCACAAUGAGGGUCAUAUUUGUUUGAAGUCUCCCCCUUUCCAUGAUGGGAUCAUUCUUAUGAAGUUAAAUGAGAGCUUAUGAUUACUCUUACCAGACAUGAUCCAACUAGUAUCAAAAGGACAUGAUGAUCGACUAAAGGGUGUGGUAAAUGUUCAAAUUUUAGGAUGCUGUACAUUUCUCUUAAGCUUAAAGAUAUUUGUGUGCUACCUUUUCUUGUUCAUAUGGCAAAGGAAUAAAUUUCCCUAGGUGGCAGAGAUAUAGAGAAGUUAUGCUUCACCGUUUUUCUUUAAGAAACUGUGGUUCUUAAUUGGAAUCUUAUAGUUGUAUUCACAUUUAAGUGUGAUCGUUUGCGUUUAA